UUUCUAAAGGGUUCUAAAAGAUUUUGUAUUUAGAACUUUUCAUCUUUCUGUCACUUCUUUUAAUUUUUUUUCUUUUAAUCUAUUAAUUUAGAAAACUAUUUUUUUUAUUUACGGUUAAAAAAUUGUUAUUUUAGUUUAGGACAUAUUCCAUUUUUAUUUAACAGAUAAUAUAUAACUUUGAAAUUCUAUUUUAUAAUUUUACUAACAACAAAAAAUUGGAAAGAUCACUGAACAUAAACUUGAUGAAAUAAACCGAAUAUCACUACAAUCUUGCAACUUCCUAUAUUAUAUUCUGUAUCCCACAUAUAUAAUUCUCAAAUCAAGAUUUAUUAAUAUGAAACUAAAUAUUCGUAAUAUAAGUUAAACAUAAGAUUAUCUUUACACACAUCAAAAAAUAUAAAUUUCAAAGUAUUCUCACAACAUGUAUUGUCAACUAUUACUCCUUCUGUUUCAUAUUAAGUGUCGUUUUGAGUUGUGCAUACAAAUUUAGGAAACAAUUAAUUUUGCAUAUUUUCUAGAGAAAAUUACUCAAACUAACUCUUAUUUAUUAUGUAAUUACUAGAUUAACUUCCUUUCAUCGAUGCAUGUUCAGAGGAUAGUAUAAAGACGAAAUAACCAUAAUAGUUGAUAAUUAUUACUACAAUGCCAUUAUAUUAAUUUUGGUAUAAAAUUAAAAAUACCAAUUAAAAUCACGAUAAAAACACAGUUUUUACAACAAAAAAAACUUUAGGGUUCAUGGGAUUCACCGGCGAUUCACGACGAAUUGGGAGAAUCCGAGUUAGAAAGCAGCAAUUCCAUAGAAAAUGAAAACAUGACCAGGACCAGACAGAAAAAUCCCCAAACUAAACCCAGAACACUGUCAAUCGUUUCCCGUUGCAGCUAAGAACCAGAGAGAUGCGGAGGAUCAGUUCACUGGACGGUGAAUUGGACUUCUUAAGAGAGCACACGAAUAAACCUUCGUAGAAAUUUAAUACCUUCCUGGUAUCUCUCUCCUUCACUACUGACGGUGGCUAUGGCGAUGGCAAUUUGAAUCCGGAUUGAAGCGUGACCGAGCAGCGUGGCUGUCUCACCAAGACUCCUUUGUUGACGCCGUUGCAGACCGCGUAUAGGUACACUCAUUGCUUUGAUAUAUGAUCGCAUUAAGACAAAUAGAUAUAUAUUUGCAAAAAGGCAUAGGUGUAAAGUCAUGUUUCUCGUCUCUAAUGACCAUUGGCAGUGUAUAUAACCAAGUUUUAAUGAAUUUAGAUUAGCAUGUUGGCUCGACAGUGACCAAAAUUUGGCUCGAUAGUGAAACAUAGAUGUAAUAUAUAUUCACAGGCUUAUGCUCCAUGUACAGGAUUCUAGAAAUCAUCUAUACCCACGCCUUUUGGAUGCGUCUGAAACACAUGCUUUGUUGGGGUAUAUAACUUGAUUAUGGCUCUUUUUUAUUAUGUUUGCUUCACAUUUGAUGAGAAAAAAAUAGAAACCUUGAGUAUAACCUUCACAGGGGAGUCACUAACACCAUAUUUUUCUGGUGCUUUAGUUGUUUGUGGAGUCCAUUAUUGUGUGUUUAAUACUUAGGUCGUGGUGAAUUUUGACAGGGAUACAUUUUGUCUAGGGGAAAUCACAACAAGGAAAUGCAGAAGACUGUCUUGCAGUUUGAGAGUAAGGUUGACAAGGAGUCUACUUUUUAAAAGUUCAGUCUAUGGGGGUAGUAAAGAAAGGCGUAUCUACCGACAUUCCGGUUUAUAUGUACUUUGAUGCAUUUUCAACUCUGUUUUACCAUAAAAAUGCAGAUGACGAGUUAUGUAGCCGCUGGGUGUGGUUAUCGUUUGUUGUGUUCUUAUAACCGCCGGGUGUGGUUUUUGUGUUCUUAUACAAUCAAGAACUUGAAAAGCUCUGUUGAAUGAUAACACUGCCUUGCUUUUAAUCAAUGUGUUUCGGGUUUUGGUUGUUUUUCCUCCAAAGAGCUAGAAAUGUAUUUUCAAUGAUUACUCCAUUCUUGAUCUUGAUCUAUUACGUCCUCACUCAAACAGACUGAAGCUUUGAACACUUCUUUGAAUUAAUCGUUGCUAUUUUCUUGUCUACUAAGGAAGAACGGUAAGAACAACACAUCACCUGCAAAUUUAAAUAGAUACUUAUUAAUAACACCAUAAGAACAUACGCGCAUCAUGCUCAUCCAAUGACCACAAACCAUUUAUAUUUGUGCCAUGAGAGAAGAAGGAAGAAAAUAAACGUCAAUAUGAACACAACCAUUAACGUCGAAUAAGGCAAUCACGAGAGAGAUUUGUAGAUUAAGGCUUUUCUCUUUGUUUUGUUUAAAUUAAGUUUGGUUUGGUUUAAUUAAAUAAUUUUGGUUUACAUGCUUUUGAUUCAAAUUAUGGUUGGUUUGAAACAUUUUGGUUUAAAUCAAGUUAAAUUACUGGUAUAUGAAAUAAUUUCAGAAUUAAAUGGUUUAAUCUGGUUUGCAAUAACUCGGUUAAGAAUAAUUAAUAAAAAUCUGUGGCCAAAUCAUAAAUAAAUUUGUGGUUAAAAACAAGUAAAUCUGUGGUUAAAGAAAAAAUAAAUCUAUCAAAUCGAAACUAAAUCUGUCAAAAACAAGUAAAUCUGUGGUUAAAGAAAAAAUAAAUCUAUCAAAUCCUACUAAAUAUAUUCAAAUAAAGUAAAUCUGUGGACAAAUAAAUUAAAUUUGUCAAUAUUUAAUAAAUUUAUGGCCAAACGUGACAGAUUUGUUAUAACAAGUCUGUAGAAAUUUUAUUAAGUCUAUAGAUUUUAAGUAAAUCUGUUGCUAAAGAAGAAUAUAUUUAAGUCUCUGGCUACAUAAAACGUAGACAAAAUAAAUCUGUGGAUGGUAAAAUUGUAAAUAUUCCGAAAAUUCAGUAAUGGCAUUUUUGUAAUUAUAUUUUUUGUUAACAAAGGAAAUAGGGGUAAAUUGGGUAUGAAAAACAAGCUAGUAAUUAAAAUAAAAGUAGAGUUAAACUAGUAAUUAAUUGAUAAAUAAGGGUUAAACUAGUUUUUUUCCCUAUUUUCUAUAUAAAAACACAAUUAACUAUACACUUAACCAUAUUUCAACCAAUAGAAAAAUAAAUUAUUAGAUAAAACUAAUAAAUUUUGCAUUGAAAGGAAUUAAAUGCUCCAGUACUUCUCUAUGGAAAAAAAAGUUCUCAGAUACUCUCCAUCUGAAAUUCAUUUUAUUUUUAUUUAUUUUUAAUUUGAAAUCUGACUAAAAACCCAAUAUAUCAUUAAUGAAUAUAGUUAUUUACAGACUAUGCCAUUAAACCUAAUUUUCUUCCUUAUCUCUACAGAUCUAAAUCUAUCUUUCAUUCUUCAUCUUCUUUCUUUCUCUCUUCUCUUUUUUUUCUCUCUUCUCAUUCAUUCUUUCAUCCAAAUCUCUUCUUUUUCGAAUCUGUUUUUCUCUCUGUUUCUCUUGUUUUAUUUUUGAUUUUCAUCUGUACUGAUUGCUCCGUUUUUAUCUUAGUUUUCUCUAUUUUUUUUUUGCUCUUCUUUGAAUCUAGAUCUAUCUUUCAUUCUUCAUCUACUGAUUUUUCCUUUGUUCUUCUUUGAAUCUCAACUGUUUUUUUUAUUUUCUUCUCCACAUUUUCCUUCUUCUUCUCUACCUACUACUUCGCUUAUUCUCCGCAUCAACUUCAGUCUGAUUCUUGGUAUUAUAGAUUUUUAAGAUCUAAAAACGCAUAUAUCAAAACACGGAAGUGAAACUACAAACCCAGAAAAACAAUUUUACCAGGUUAUACUAUUGUGUAACUUGGUAAAACUGUAUAACUAGGUUAUAAUCUUACGAAGUUGUACUUUGACAAAUGUACAACUUGGUAAAACUACAACCUAGUUAUACAGUUUUACCAAAUUAUACUAAUUUGUAACUUGGUAAAACUGUAUAACUAGGUGAUAGUUUACCAAGUUGUACUUUGACAAAUGUACAACUUGGUAAAACUAUAACCUAGUUAUACCAGUCUUGAGGUAUAACUUGGUGAAACUAGGACAUAGGUACACCAAAAAUAUAAUUUGACAAUGAUAUAACUUGGUUUAACUUGGUUCAACUUUCACUAAAAUUCAAAAUUCAAAUUUUAAAUUUGAUACCUAAAAUUCGACAAUUGUAUAACUUGGUUCAACUUGGUUCGUAGUUUUAUUAAAAUUCAAAAUUCAAAUUGUAAAUUUGAUACCUAAAAUUCAAAAUUCAAGUUUUCAAUUGAGGAGGGAAAACGUAAGGACAAAAUUGGAAAUCUCUUAUUUCAUGAAGAGUAGAGAGUAUGUCAGAUUUCGUAAGAGUACCUCAGAUCACUUUUUGCCUCAUUAAGAGUAUAUGAGAUUUUUACUCCAUUGAAAGUUGAAAACAACAAAUCUUAAUAUGAUACGGAGGGAGUAUACGUGAACACCAAACCUAUAUUAUUAAAGACCCAAAUAACCAAAUAUGACUUUAACAUUAAAAUUGAUAUUUUUGUGUGUCGUAUAAAAAAUAUUAAGCCGCUGUUGUGAAAGCACCGUAGUAUAAACAGGAAGGGAGGUGCAGAAGUUUUUGAUUUUAUUAUCAUUGUGGGUCCCACUGUCACUAUUUACACAGUAACUUCUACUUUUUUACUUCUAUAUAAACGAUCGAUUUCGAUCAUUUGUAACUCGUCCCACACACUUCUCUUCUCCCUUUAUAAUAAACUCUCUCUAUCAUAUAUUUAUUAUAUAUCAGUGUUAUCUCCUUUCUGCUGGUAUACAAAUUUUGCCCUUAUUUAAAUUUCGUGAUACUAUAAAAUUAUAAGUUAUUUCAUAACACGUUAUCAGCACGAUCACUCUGCGAUUCAGUAAAAUUUAAAUGUAUCAUAUCUACUCUGCUAUAAUGGCCGGUAUACCGCCUAUAUUAUUAUUUAUCAUUUUAUAGUGAUUGUUUAAAUUAUUGCGGGCGGUAUGUCGCCUCGUUAAUAAACCUUGAUUGCUAAUUACACUAUAAUUAUUGGCUUGGCUGUGCCGCCGUACAAUCUAUUUAAUGUUAUAGUUUUUCUACCACCAUAAUACGAUUAAUAUCUAUUUGUUCAUCAUAUUAUGGUUAUUAUAUAAAUGUUUGGUCACCUACAUAAAAUAUUACGAAAUUUACGGAAUUUGGUUGACUGAUUGUUACAAUAUUUUCAGAUUAAUUUUCAUUCAUACGAUUUAAUUCAAACGGUCACAAAGAAAAAAAAAUUCAGAAUUUUUACCCUUUUUCAAACAGUUAUGAACAGUAUUUUCAUCUAUAAAUAUACUCAUUCUUUACUCAUUUACUUCAUCCAAAAUAUUUCAUCUUCUCUCAAAUAUUUUCAAAUCGCCACAUUCCGGUUUUUCAUUGCAAGAAAGAUGAUUCGCAUAUUUUUGGUUUUAUGUGCAAUUUUAAUUUUUGCUUCUAUGGUCGGUCUUUUUAUUGGAGAAUUUGCUCCUGAAGAAUUUACGCUUAAUGUCGGUUAUUUUUCUAUGCAUUGUUUCUCCUUGUAAUUGCGUGUAUUAUUAAUAUAAAUGAUUCGUUUUAAAAUUACGAAAUUCUAAUAAAAUAUAUUGUUUUGUGUUUUAGAAAUACAAAUGGCAAACAUCGAGAAACUUCAGUUCCCGGCUCUGAAAAUAACUAGCGAAAACUAUGUCGGAUGGGUCACAAACGUGAAACCAUAUCUGGUGAUGAAAAAAAUAACCGAAGCGAUUGUAAUCGGUAACAAAUCACCACCCGAGCAUAUAGCCGAAGCGAUAAUCUUCCUGAAGAAUCAUUUAGAUGAGAAUCUAACGCACGACUAUGCAAACGUCGAAGACACAGCUGAACUGUGGCAAGCUUUAAAAGAAAGGUUCGAUAACCAGAGACAAGUCAACCUCCCUCACGCUCUCGAAGAGUGGAAAAACCUGAGGUUCCAAGAUUUUCAAAAGGUUGAGGAUUACAAUUCCGCUGUCCUGAGGAUAGUUUCACUUCUGAAAUAUUGUGGUAACCCUGUCUCUGAGGCAGAAAUGAUGAAUAAAACAUACAACACUUUCCACAAACAGCUUCACUUCCCGCCCGAAAUUUACAGAAAAUGCGGGUACACAAGAUUUUCUGAAUUGAUGGUUGCGCUCAUGUUGGCUGAAAAGAACAAUGAGCUCCUGAUCAAAAACCACAAUUCCCGACCUACGGGAGCCAAAGCAUUUCCUGAAGUGAAUUCUACGGCGGUAGAAAAUUCGGAAAGGAGGAACCAGACCAACCGAGGUCAUGGUCGUCGUUUCAACAACAAACGUGGAAAAACUUACAAUCCCAAAUGGAAGGGAUCUAACAAGUGGGUUAGAUCCGAACAAGUUUCUAAGGGUAAAGAAACUCAAGGGGAUACCACCCAGAAGCGUGAGACAGUGUGUUACAGAUGUGGCUGUAAAGGACAUUGGUCCCGUACAAGUCGUACUCCUCCACAUCUCUGUAAGUUAUAUCAAGAGUCCACGAAAGGCAAAGCUAAAGAAGUGAACCUCACUGAAAACUUUGAAGGGACAUCGUACCUCGAUGCCUCCGACUUCGCAAAUGAGCUGGACUAGAUUACUCCUGAAGAGAAAAGAGAUGCUUAUAAUAAAACUAUCGAAUAGUUUUCACUAUUGUCAUGUAUAAUUAUUACAUUUCCUGUUUUAAAUAAAUAAUGAUGUUUUAACGUCACCUUAAUGUAAAAUUAUUGUGUGUUUCCAAAUAUGAUUAUUAUAUGAAUGAAUUUUAUGUUUUUCUUUUAUUAAUAUUUAUGACAAUUUCAGAAAUGGAUUGAAAUACUAAUGGAACAAAAUUCAAGAAACGGAUUCGUGAAAUAUGUAUACCAGAUAGUGGAACAACACACACUAUUCUGAGACAAAAGAGAUAUUUCUCUAAUAUAAAACCGACAAGAAUUGUUGUCAAUACAAUAUCAGGUCCUGCAGACGUGAUUGAAGGAACUGGUAAAGCAAACUUUACGUUACCAAAUGGAACAAAAUUUUCCAUAAAUAAUGCUCAAUAUUCCCCAAGUUCUAAAAGAAAUUUGUUGAGUUUUAAAGACAUAUAUC